UACCUCAUUCUUCGACAAAACACUUUGAGCCUUAAGUCCAUGACCAUGACCACACUCGCGUUCGUAAGUGAUCGUAUAUCGCAAAUAUCCAUAUUAGUAUGUUUCAGACUUGACAAUGUGCUGGACGGCCGUAUUCGUAUUCCUUUUGGGGUGUUUAACAACGCUUUCAAUUAUCUGGCUGAUUUAUAAACUCUCCGCGAAACGUGACGAUUUGAAUUUCAUACAAAUUGCCGAAAAACACGGUUACAUUAGUGAACAAUAUACUGUGCAGACAGAAGACGGAUACCUACUUAACUUAUACAGGAUUACAUGCAGUCCAAAAUGUGACAGUGAAAAAACAAAAACACCAGUGCUACUUAUGAAUGGCCUAUUGGCUACUGCGGACUGCUUCCUGGACGCUGGAGUUGACAAUGGACUACCGUACCUACUCGCAGACUCUUGCUAUGAUGUGUGGGUCGGCAACGCUCGGGGCACAUAUGACGGAAGGAAACACAUAACCUUGGACCCUGACAAGGACACGGCAUUCUGGGAUUUCUCAAUCGACGAAAUCGGAAAAUAUGAUUUACCAGCCACCAUCGACUUUGUGUUAAACCAUACUGGGGAACCGCAGCUCAGCUAUAUUGGUGUUUCGCAAGGCGCAGGGAGUUUUUUCGUAAUGUGUUCCGAAAGACCUGAGUAUAGUGAUAAAGUUAAGGUUCUGAUUGCACUAGCGCCUUCCUCUAAACAUGUACACACAAAAUCUCCUAUAUUUAGGAUCCUGAUGACGAAUGCGCGAGACUACCAAUUUAUUUUACAAAAAGUUGGUUUAGCUGAGUUUUUGUGGAAGGGAUUUUUCCGCCCGCUAAUUUGGCUGAGCCAGUAUAAACCUGAGAUUCUGUCCUAUAUAAUAUAUCUACUAGAUGCACCAAAUCCUGAAUCAAUGUCGAUUGAAAUCAUGAGAUUGACAUUCACGCAUUUCCCAGCAGGAACUUCUACUAAAAACUUAGCUCGAUUUGGGCAAAGUGUAAACGUUGAUAGAUAUUGUAAAUUUGAUUAUGGCCCUGAAAAAAACAUCGAGAUAUAUGGAGGAGAACCACCUGAAUUUAACUUGUCAGCAGUCACAGUUCCAACUUAUGUUAUCCAGGGUAAGAACGAUUGGAUUGUGGACACUGUAGACGUUGAAUGGCUUGUUAGUAAACUACCUAAUGUUAAAGAAUUUGUGUUCAUGGAAGAUCCUCUCUGGAAUCACUUAAAUAUGGUGGUUCAUAAGAACAUUGGUAGCGCGUUGUUUCCAAAGAUUUUAAAAUACUUAAGACUUCACGAUAAUAACGGACACAGUAUAAACGAAAUAAAAUAUGGUAACAACACUGCUUUUAGUGAUGCUAAAUUAAGACUUCAGACAUUGAACGGUAAUAUAAAAUUCAUAAUUCCGAAAUUGCCGAAUAAGUGACGCCAAUAGUGAUAAACAAAUAUGACAGAUUUUGUCAGUUUUUGACGUACAUGUACCUUAUUACCUAAGCAUAAUACGGAGGCUGUUGGCAUUAAAAUGUGAAUAAUUAACAUAUGCUUUUAAGUAGCUAGGAGUUCGUUCUUAAGUCAUCUUUUUGCACAAAAAUUAUGAUAUGAUCAAAACCAGGGACAUUGGUUUAUUUAGGUAAAUAAUUUGUGUAUUUUUAAUGAACUUAAUUUUAUGUAAGAUAAAUAUGCAAGUAAGUAAAUAGGUAAUCACAUUAUAUAUUUGCUGUUAAAAUGUAGGAGAAACAUAUAUGUGCUUUCAUAAAAAAGCUGUCGAACUUUGUGUGUAUUCUAUAUGAUACAACAUAAUCCUUUAGCGUUGAAGUGUCGGGAUCACGGGAUGUAUGAAUAAAAUUAACAAGGAAAUGGUU